AUGGGCGGCAAGAUCACGCGAGCCUGCGAUGCCUGUCGGGUCCGCAAGGUGAGAUGCAGCGGUGACCAGCCCUGCGCCCAGUGCGCACACCUCAACCUCACCUGCGCCUUUGCCCCCGCCCCGGCAAAGAGGAAGCCCGCAGUCCGGGGCCGCCUCGUCGCCCAGCUGCGCAACAAGGGAACCAGCAAGAUCCGGGGUGCCCUCGACCCCGACCCGUCUCCCGCCGCUGCCGUCACCUCCAUCGCCGGAAUCGUCGAUGCCACCCACUCCGCCAGCCCCCAGCCCGAGUCCAUCGGCUGCAGCGGCUACUCCCGGGACUUCUUCUUGGGGCUGCUCCCGGACUUUGAGCAGCUCGUCUAUCCCGUCAACCCCGUCCUGACCCCCGACGAGAUACGCGCCGCCAUCGCAACCAUGCACUCCAACUUCGAGGACGCCGCCUUGGUGCAUGCUUUUGGCGCCGUCACCAUCAACCUGACGCAGACGUCGUGGACUCUGCACGGCGACGUCGCCGCUCAGAUGACCUCGCUCGUCCACUACAGCUUGUGGGCCCAUCGCAAGGCUGAAUUGGCCCGAGAGAGCGACGCCAGUGGCCUGCAAAGCGAGCUGCCCAUCACCGUCAAGCGCAUCAUGACGUGCAUCUUCAACGAAAUCUCCCUCAUGGCCUUCAAGCGCUUCGACCGCAGCUUUGCCGCCCUGCGCGAGGCCAUCGCCAUGAUUCAAAUGCUCAAUGUCCACCAAUAUACAGACGGCGAUACCCUGCUUGGGCCCAAGGAGGUUUCUCGCAGGCAGCGCAUGUACUGGGAAGCCUACAUACAUGAGCGCUUCCUUUGCAUCGUGUCGGGGUUCCCCUGCAUCAUGGUCCCUCUUCGCACAGGCCUGCCCAUCACGGACAGCAGUGUCCCCUCGUGGGUGACUCUCGGCUUCAACCGCCUCAUCCAUCUCUUCGGCAUUAUGGACGGGCCUUUGCUCACCCACUGGGCCGCGCAGCACGAUCCCACCGAACUCGCGCCCGCCGUGACAGCUCGGUGGAUCGAAAUCAAGCAAGCCGAGCUGGACCAAGACGAGGCCCGCGCAGCCGAGGCCGCGGGAGAUAUGACGACCGGCGGCCACGGCGCGCUCAGCGAGCUUCAGCACGUCGAUCUCUUCGUCACGCGCCUCUGGCUCCGCACACUCGUCUGGCAGCUCGCCCUCUCGCACAGGCUCCUCCGCUCCGCCCCUCCACAAAAUUCUCACGAGGGCCUCUCCCUGCACUUUCCCGCGCAGCGCCUCUCCGCACAACUGCGCAGUCUCGUCGGCCGUCUCGGCAGCAUCUCGAGUGUCGUGAAUCACGGCAGCGGCUUGCUUCAGAAGCUCUUCGAGAUCACCAGCACCGUCGCCGAUGUGCUGGCCCUACCACGCGCCACCAGCCAGGCGCCCGAGGAGGCGCGCGCACGUAUAGAGGAUUUCUUCUUCCUCGUGCGCUUCUUGUUUAGCUUUGAGAGGACGCAGAAGCAUCAACGUGAUUAUCUACGCGAGAAGCUAGAAGCCCUGCAGCAUGUCUACGGGGCGAUAGACUUCGGGGACAUCGCCAGUGCGAGUCCGAAUACAUGA